GGUGAAAAACAGUUCUUAAAAUAUAAUAUCCGACCGCUUUGUGCCUGGAAGUUAAAUACAACUGAACUGGACUAAAACAAAGGCAUCCCUGAACUCAAUUCAGGGAACCCUAUCCAUGACAUUACAAUGUGCUUGUGUGCCAAUGUUUUGCCGCAUCUGUUGACUCCAUUGUUCACAUUGUAUACAUGAAUAGAUGAAAGGAGCGCCGCGAUGCGUUCACUGUCUCAUUGUUGUUAUGUUGACGCAAGCCUCCCACCUCAUACUUUUUUUAUAAAGCCGCCGUUUUAGCAGCUGAGGCAGACAACCAUGUCCACCUGGAGAACCGUCGUUCUUGUUAGCCUGGCCGUCUCAUGCAGUUGGGCGUCUAACUGCUCCUACUCGCAUCUGCUCAGCUACUUGGAGUUGAGCUCCAUCAAUAACUUCCUGGCCAAUGUCAGGCCUGUCAAGGACUGGAGGCAGGUUACCAAUGUGCAGAUUGACCUGGUACUCUUUGGCAUCUUGCAAGUGGAUGAGAAGCUUCAAACCUUCACGAGUCACGUGUGGAUCCAAACGUUGUGGGAAAAUGAUUUCCUCAAGUGGAAGCCGUCUGAUUUCUGCAACAUCACCCACGUCUCCAUUCCCAGGUCCAUGCUGUGGACGCCUGACAUAAACAUCCAAGAGGAUGCCUCCGACAGCGGGAGCAUCCAACGCAGUUACUACAUCACGGUGUACGCCAACGGAAAACUGCAUAUGACCGCCCGUCAGCGGCUGACAACAACGUGCACCCUCAACCUUCACAAUUUCCCCUUUGACCGUCAGAACUGUGCCAUCACCUUCAGCGCCAUGAACACUGACGAUAAAGGCAUACGACUCGAGACAGUGAAUGGUGAUGAAUUUAUUACGAACGUCUCAGAGCAGUUGAUGGUAACUCGUGGGGAAUGGAGCCUGAAGCACUUGGAAAUCAUCUCAAACGUGACCGGCAAGGGAAAACCAAAAAUGAGCGAACUGAUUUAUCAGGUGCGGAUCGCUCGCAAGCCGAUGUUGUACGUGAUCAUCUUCGUCUUUCCGCUCUUCUACCUGCUGGUGCUGGACAUGACGUCCUUCUUCAUUAACGAGGGCCGCGGCGAAAAGUUGAGCUUCAAGGUCACCGUGAUGCUCUCCAUCUCCGUCCUGCUGCUCAUCCUCAAGGACUUGCUGCCCUCCACCGAGGACAACCUGCCCAUCAUUGCCAGUUUCUGUGCGGGCGUGUUCGCCCUGGUGGGCCUCAGUGUCCUGGAGGCCAUGCUGGUCAGCUUCAUCAUCGACCUAGAUGACAGGUUUGCCAAGAAGCGGGCAACAUCGUCUGACAGUGAAGUUCCCUUAGACAAAGGGGACAAGAAAGAUUCCCUCGAGGAGAAAGCGGAAGGUUUGCCCAUUCAAGUCGGACCUCCGUCGGAACGCGAGCAACUGAGACUUUUUCUGCAGAAGAUUCACGAAGCUCAGCGGCAAGCGGCAAGCAGCCGCGAUUUACCUCAGCCUAAACGCUUUCGACGGAUUGCAGAAAUAAUCGACAUUCUCUUCUUCAUUUUUUACUUUUUCACUGUUGUAAUUUUCCUGGUGGUGAUGUCUUUCAAGUGGAUUCCGCCUGACUUUUUCAGUUAAACUCUGACAAACUCACAUGAUUAAAACACUUUAAAGAUUCAUUAUUUGCUUUGAAAACAUAGCCUAUUUGGUCCAUAAAUCAUAUUAUAAUCAUAUAUUUAAUAUUUCCAUUAUUUUACAUGCUUCUAGAUUUUCUGUAAUUACAAAACGCCAAUUAAGUUUACAACAUUGGCAGGAUGACAAGAUUAUUACCAUUAAACCUGUAUUAUGUUGUUUA